UACUUGAUAACCGUUUUUUUCUGCUUAAGACUUGUUCGUCACCCGAUUAUAUCUCUUCCCUCUCGAUCUCAUUCAUAUCUUCUUCUUCUCCUUCUGCAAAUUUUUCUUUAUUCAUAUCUCAUCAUCGGUUCAUUUAAUGUUAACCUAAUUCAAUCGUUAUGGAUGAAGAGUAUGACGUCAUCGUUCUCGGUACCGGUCUCAAGGAAUGUAUCCUCAGUGGUCUCCUCUCCGUCGACGGCCUCAAAGUGUUACACAUGGAUAGGAAUGAUUACUACGGAGGAGAGUCAACUUCACUAAACCUCAACCAGCUCUGGAAGCGAUUCAAGGGUGGUGAUGCGCCUCCUGCAGAACUGGGCGCGAGCAAAGACUACAAUGUCGAUAUGGUCCCUAAGUACAUGAUGGCUAAUGGCACCUUAGUUCGUGUUCUAAUUCACACUAGUGUGACAAAAUACCUCAACUUCAAGGCGGUUGAUGGAAGCUAUGUGUUCAACAAAGGAAAGGUUCACAAAGUACCUGCAACCGACGUAGAAGCACUUAAAUCUCCUCUCAUGGGAUUAUUUGAGAAGCGUCGUGCUCGCAAGUUCUUCAUUUACGUUCAGGAUUACGAUGAUAAUGAUCCAAAAUCACAUGAAGGGAUGGAUGUCACAAAAGUACCAGCAAAAGAUCUUAUAUCGAAAAAAUAUGGACUAGACGAUCAUACUGUUGAUUUUAUCGGGCAUGCAUUGGCACUCUACCGGGACGACAGUUAUUUGGACCAGCCAGCCAUAGAUCUUAUCAAGAGAGUGAAGCUUUACGCAGAGUCAUUAGCGCGAUUUGCAGGAGGUUCCCCUUAUAUUUACCCACUCUAUGGAUUAGGAGAAUUACCUCAGGCAUUUGCUCGCCUAAGUGCGGUCUAUGGAGGGACCUACAUGCUCAACAAACCAGAAUGCAAGGUAGAGUUCGAAGGUGGAAAAGUAGUCGGUGUGACAUCAGAAGGAGAAACUGCAAAGUGCAAAAAAGUAGUAUGCGACCCCUCAUAUUUGCCUGAUAAGGUAAAGAAGGUCGGUAAAGUAGCGCGUGCUAUAUGCAUCAUGAGUCAUCCCAUCCCGAGCACUAAUGAUGCUCAUUCAGCGCAAGUUAUCCUACCGCAGAAACAGCUAGGCCGUAAAUCUGAUAUGUAUCUCUUCUGUUGCUCGUAUUCUCACAAUGUAGCCCCGAAAGGUAAAUUCAUAGCUUUUGUCACCACAGAAGCCGAGACAGAUAACCCUGAGACAGAACUGAAGCCUGGGAUCGAUUUACUUGGACCUGUGGACCAGAUCUUUUUCGAUACUUAUGACAGAUUUGAACCCGUCAACCAGGGUGAAGAAGAUAACUGUUUCAUAUCUACUAGUUAUGACGCAACAACGCAUUUUGAGUCCACAGUACAAGAUGUGAUUGCCAUGUACAGCCGCAUAACCGGAAAGACUCUUGACUUAAGUGUGGAUCUAAGUGCUGCGAGUGCUGGCGGCGACGAGUAGCAAUAGCAGAAUCGGUCCCUACUCUCGACAUACCAUUUUUUAUCGGCUUUUAUCACAUACUGAUGAAUCUAUGACUCUAAUUGGAUUUAGUUAUUAGUGUGUAUUUUUUCUUCCAGCCAUACUAUCUUGGUUGAAUAAUGAUUUGCUUACAUUGGCACUUCAAGUUAAUAAAUUUUAGGCAAUUUCUUUG